UGGACACGGAGUCGGAGGAGCGCCAAUUUCUGGGUCUCAACCAACUGUCACAGUGUGAUUCUCCCGUGAAAGCUGCAUCAUCGAUUUCUAUUCCUACGAAAUGACGCUCGCUUCCAGUCUUUUCCUGAAAAAAAUAUCUUAAAUAAUAAUCCACCGUAAACACCAUCUCUCUCUCUCUCUGUCGCUCACUCAAUCUUCACGCUUAAAAUCUAUCAACUUUUUACAACCAAAAAAUCUGGAGUGGGGAAAGUGAUAACAUUUUGUGUGCUAUUUUGUUUCUUCGAUCCGAACAAGCUCCACUCACAGACCCCCUUGUAUCUUCUCUACUCGUUCUCGUUGAUAAACCCACCACUCCUCCGAGUUAACGUCGAAAUAUAUAUCUUCAAAUUCAAAUAUUGAGGAUUUUCGUCUGGGGCUGAUCCAAUUUUCAAAUAAAUGAUGAAUUUGGGACUGCUUUCUGGGACCAAGGCAACGAAAUCAGUGAAUGUGAGCUUCAGAUUGCCAUACUAUACGCACUGGGGUCAGCGCCUGCUUGUAUGCGGCUCUGAGGCAGUUCUUGGUUCAUGGAAUGUCAAGAAGGGCCUGUUGCUGAACCCUGUUCAUCAAGGUGACGAGCUUGUAUGGACUGGAAGUGUUGCGGUUCCGAGUGGUUUCGGGUGCGAGUAUAAUUAUUAUGUGGUGGACGAUGAUAAGAAUGUUCUGAGAUGGGAGAUGGGGAGGAGGCGAAAACUGCUCCUGCCAGAGGGGAUUCAGGGUGGCGAGGUCGUGGAAUUCCACGACCUUUGGCAGACUGGUUCCGAUGACCUCCCUUUCAGAAGCGCAUUCAAAAACGUCAUCUUUAACAGAAGUUGGAAUCUGAAUGUAGAGAGACCUCUAGGUUCCAUUCAGAAUAACCUGGAAGGGGAAGCAGAUACACUUCUCAUCCAAUUCAAAAUUUGCUGCCCAAAUGUAGAAGAAGACACAUCAACAAUUGAAGCCGGACUUGUGCAGGUUUAUGUGAUAGGUAGCCAUGUAAAGUUGGGACAAUGGAAGAUUCAGGAUGGGUUUAAACUUAGCUAUGCUGGUAAUUCAAUCUGGCAAGGUGAUUGUGUGCUACAAAAGGGUGAUCUACCAAUACAAUUUAAGUAUAGUAAGUAUGGAAAGGCUGGAAAAUUCUCUUUAGAAACAGGUCCCAAUCGGGAACUAGCAGUUGGCUCCUCGGAUAAUCAACCAAGAUACAUUUUCCUUUCAGAUGGCAUGUUUCGAGAAUUACCUUGGCGUGGUGCUGGUAUUGCAAUUCCCAUGUUUUCUGUUAGGUCGGAAUCUGAUCUUGGAGUUGGAGAGUUCCUUGACCUGAAGUUGCUUGUUGACUGGGCUGUGGAUUCUGGGUUCCAUUUAGUUCAGCUUUUACCAAUCAACGAUACAUCCGUGCAUGGGAUGUGGUGGGAUUCAUAUCCUUACAGCUCACUUUCUGUAUUUGCAUUGCAUCCAUUAUACCUGAAAGUUCAGGCACUUUCAGAUAGUAUUCCAGAUGAUAUCAAGCUAGAGAUUCAGGAGGCAAAACAUCGGCUGGAUGGAAAGGAUGUUGAUUAUGAGGCUACUCUGGCUACUAAACUUUCAAUUGCCAAGAAAAUUUUUGCCCGGGAGAAAGAUUUAAUACUUCACUCCAAAUCCUUUCAAAAAUACUUCUCUGAGAAUGAGGAUUGGUUAAAACCCUAUGCGGCCUUCUGUUUUUUGAGGGACUUUUUUGAAACAUCAGAUCACAGCCAAUGGGGUCGGUUUUCCCAGUAUUCAAAAAAUAAGCUUGAGAAACUCGUCACAAAAGACAGCUUGCACUAUGACGUAAUUUGCUUCCAUUACUAUAUCCAAUUCCAUUUACAUUUACAAUUGUCCGCUGCUGCGGGAUAUGCUAGAAAGAAAGGAGUGGUAUUGAAGGGAGACCUCCCUAUUGGCGUUGACAGAAACAGUGUGGAUACCUGGGUCUAUCCAAAUCUAUUUCGCAUGAACACAUCUACUGGAGCACCUCCUGAUUAUUUUGAUAAAAAUGGGCAGAACUGGGGAUUCCCUACUUAUAACUGGGAGGAAAUGUCAAAAGACAACUAUUCUUGGUGGAGGGCUCGAUUAACUCAGAUGGCAAAAUACUUUACAGCUUACAGGAUUGAUCACAUAUUGGGUAUCUUUCGAAUCUGGGAGCUUCCAGAACAUGCCAUGACAGGUCUAGUUGGAAAGUUUCGACCUUCUAUCCCUUUGAGUCAGGAAGAACUUGAAAGAGAAGGAAUAUGGGACUUUGAUCGCUUGAGUCGUCCAUAUAUUCGGCAGGAAUUGUUACAGCAAAAAUUUGGAGCAUACUGGACUUUUAUUGCCUCAAAUUUUCUUAAUGAAUAUCAGAAGCACUGUUAUGAGUUUAAAGAGGACUGCAGCACGGAGAAAAAAAUUGCUGCCAAGCUGAAGUCAUGUGCAGAAAGUUCAUUGCUGUUGGAGAGUGAAAACAAGACUCGGCAUGAUCUUUUUGAUCUUUUUCAGAAUAUAGUUCUUAUCAGAGAUUUAGAGGAUCCAAGGAAGUUCUAUCCUCGUUUCAAUCUUGAGGAUACUUCAAAUUUUAAGGAUUUGGAUGAUCACAGCAAAAAUGUUUUGAAAAGAUUAUACAAUGAUUACUAUUUCCAUCGGCAAGAGAGUCUGUGGCGGCAAAAUGCUUUGAAGACCCUGCCUGCCCUCCUUGACGCAUCAGAUAUGUUAGCCUGCGGGGAAGAUCUGGGUCUUAUUCCUUCUUGUGUCCACCCUGUCAUGCAAGAGUUGGCACUAAUAGGUUUGCGCAUUCAACGUAUGCCUAGUGAACCUGAUUUGGAGUUUGGUGUUCCUUCUCAAUACGGCUACUUGACGGUAUGUGCCCCAUCCUGCCAUGACUGCUCAACUCUCCGUGCUUGGUGGGAAGAAGAUGAAGAAAGAAGACGUCGAUUCUUUAAGAGUGUAGUUGGGUCUGACAUGUUGCCACCCAGUCAAUGCGUUCCAGAUAUAGCACAUUUCAUCUUAAGGCAACAUGUGGAAGCCCCAUCAAUGUGGGCGAUUUUCCCUCUUCAGGAUCUGUUGGCACUGAAAGAAGAAUACACAACACGGCCUGCAGCAGAGGAAACAAUAAAUGACCCCACAAAUCCAAAGCACUACUGGAGAUACCGUGUACAUGUGACGCUGGAAUCCUUGAUGAAAGACAAUCAACUCAAAACCACUAUUAAAGACCUCGUACGAGGUAGUGGAAGGUCAUAUCCUGUGGGAGAAAAUGAAGUUCAAGUGAAUGAAGAAACUGCAGCCACGAGUACUGAGAAACAACUGGUUCCCAAUGGGGACGAAAAGUUGCCCGUGGCAUCAGAGUUGACUGGCAUUCCACAAAAGGAGACUCUGGCAGUCCACUAAAUUAAUGCUGCCUGCAUAUUUUAAUCAUCCAAAUUCUCACAAUAAUUCGUAUUGUUAGCAAAUAUGAUGGGAUAAUGGAGAUGCUAAUAAGUAACAAUAAUGUUUCUGGAGGAAGUAUUCUUUCUCAUCAAUGAAAGUCUGUUUAUUUGCAAAAAGCAGCGUAGCUGCUUUAUUUUUUGUUCAAA